GAAACCGGCAUAAAUUGAUUUUGGUUCGGAUCUGACAAGCGGUUUGUUUGCAGGCGUCCACUCUAAACUCCAGGAGAUCAAUGGUAGAAUCUUUUAGUGGUUUCAGUCUUUUUUGUUUUCGUGUACAAAGUGAGUAUGUCAAAGAUUGUGACGAUGUAUAGUUAGCGUUCGGCUGAAAGUUAAGUUAAUUACAAUUGCGAAUUAAAAGUGCGAUCAUCGAUGAAGCGUUAUGAAUUAUUAAUUACCAGCUGGUCAUAGUUGGAAUCACGACAUGGCAUCUCGCAGAUGGUUUCAUCCGAAUAUAUCGGGUCUAGAAGCAGAACGUUUAUUAAUGGAAAGGGGCUAUGAUAGUUCAUUUCUGGCACGUCCAAGUUCAUCAAAUCCUGGCGAUUUUACAUUAUCUGUUAGGCGAAAUGGUGAAGUGACUCAUAUUAAGAUACAGAAUACAGGAGACUUCUAUGAUCUCUAUGGUGGUGAAAAGUUUGCAACCCUAUCUGAACUUGUACAAUUUUAUAUGGAAAACGGUGGACAAUUGCGUGAAAAAAAUGGAGAUGUUAUCGAAUUAAAAUAUCCAUUGAAUUGUGCAGAUCCGACGACUGAAAGGUGGUUCCACGGCCAUUUAUCAGCUAAAGAAGCAGAACGUUUAAUGUUGGAGCGAGGUAAAAAUGGAUCUUUUCUGGUUCGUGAAUCCCAGAGUAAACCUGGUGACUUUGUAUUAUCUGUUCGCACAGAUGAUCGUGUUACACAUGUUAUAAUACGAUCUCAGGAUAAUAAAUACGAUGUUGGCGGAGGUGAUAAGUUUGAUAGUUUAAGUGACUUGAUAGAGCAUUACAAACGCAAUCCAAUGGUUGAAACGAGUGGCAGUGUUGUCCAUUUACGGCAACCCUUUAAUGCUACUCGCAUAAACGCUAGUGGUAUCGAAAGUAGAGUUAGGCAAUUGCAUAAAGAAAAUGGUUGCUCAAAUGGAUGGUUGUGGAAUGGAGCAACGAGUAGCGGUGAAGGUGGAGCAGGGCGUGGUAAAGGAAAAGCAGGAUUCUGGGAAGAAUUUGAGUCAUUGCAACAGUUGGAGUGCCGACACUUGUUUUCCAGGAAAGAAGGCUUACGCACCGAGAACAGAGCGAAGAAUCGAUACAAAAACAUUUUACCAUUCGAUCAUACAAGAGUACGUUUAAAGGACGUUGAUCCGAAUAUUCCCGGAGCUGACUACAUUAAUGCAAAUUAUAUUAAGAACGAAGAAGGAGAUGGACAGAUCGGUGGAAUUAAUACCACCAACGAUGGAGGAUCCUUUAAUAAAUGUUAUAUCGCAACGCAAGGUUGCCUUCCAAACACUAUACAAGAUUUCUGGCACAUGGUAUAUCAGGAGAAUACGCGAGUGAUAGUGAUGACUACCAAAGAAAUGGAGAGAGGAAAAAAUAAGUGCGCUCGGUACUGGCCGGAGGAAGGUGAAGUCGCAGAAUACGGCGGCGAAUGGAAAGUGCGCGCUUUAUCUCGUACCUCAACAGCCGAUUACACAUUACGAGAGUUCUUACUGCAUGGGAGUAAACCAAAUUUUGCAGAAUCCAGGCGGAUUUAUCACUAUCACUUUCAGGCGUGGCCUGAUCAUGGUGUACCAUCAGAUCCUGGUUGCGUAUUAAACUUUCUUCAUGAUGUGAAUGCAAGACAAGAAUCGAUCGCUGCUUCGCUCGCUUCAAACGGUCAAACGGUCCCGAGCAUAGGACCAAUUCUCGUGCAUUGUAGCGCUGGAAUUGGCCGAACCGGAACGUUUAUUGUUAUUGACAUGAUUCUCGAUCAAAUCAAGCGUCAUGGAUUGGAUUGUGAAAUUGAUAUUCAGAGAACGAUUCAGAGAGUUCGUUCGCAAAGAUCGGGAAUGGUUCAAACAGAAGCACAAUAUAAAUUCGUUUAUCUCGCUGUUUUGCAUUAUAUAGAAACUGUGUCCCAACGGAUGCAAGCAGAGCAGAAAUCACUUCACUUAGGUCGAGAAUAUACUAAUAUUCGUUAUAAAAGUGAAACAAGUGCUACAAAUAUAAGCGAUAUGCCGGUCCCCACGUGUACUGCGACACCUAUUUCAAACUCAGCACAUUUCACGUUACCCUCGCCUGUCAAUAAUUUGAGGCCAAAGUAAACGACGUUAAUAUCACCAAAUAAUGAAGUUUCCGAAAAAGCAGUGAAGAGGCUUCAUUACUCUUAUCAAGUACAGUGUUGAGCCUUCGAUAUUAUCGUAAUAUGCUCUAUACAAAUUUCGUUUGCAAAUUAAUUGGUUAUCUGAAAUAUUAUUUGAAUCAUGUUUUAUCCAAUGAAUUUACACACAGUAUACACAUAAUCAUGGUAAAGAAUCUAGAAGCGUUAUUUAAACAUUGUAUUAUAGAAAAAAUAAUUAUAUUUUUGUGGCAGUACUAAACAGCAGAAGAAGAAUCCAAUCUUUCAAUAGUAACCAUAUUAGUAUAAUAGAUGUGUAUUAUUGCUUUCAUAUUAUUUCGCUAUCUAUAUUUCAUCAGAUAUUCAUUACAAAUAAUAGAUUUAUCUUGAUAUACUUAUUACCUUUAAGAAGCAGUAGUGAAUCUACUCUCGUGUUUUAAAUUGAAAUACGCAACGAAUUAUCAAACAUUUUUCUAGGUUGCAGGUGCAGGUGUAAUAUUAUAUAUUG